ACUUCUGCUUGUAGGAGGCUGUGAAACAGAUGAAGAUGGAGUAUCUAAAGCAACUGGUUGUGGGAUAUCUGCUUGGAGAGUUCUGUCAGGCUCUCCCCAUUAUAAACAGGUCACUAGUUAUGAAGAUGACAUUAGAACAGCACAGAGAAGAGGAUUAUUAAGGAUUAUGAAUAUAAGAUUUUACAGCAGGCGGGGAACAGAACAGGAUGGAGUUUUCAAGAUGAAUCUUUCUCCUGAUGGAGCUCUUCUGGCAGCUAUUCAUUUCUCAGGAAAACUGACAAUCUGGUCUAUUCCAUCUCUCAGACAACAAGGAGAAUGGGACCAAACUGAUCAGCCAGGUUAUGAUGAAAUCAACCCAGACUGGAAACUCUCUAGUGAAAAAAGAAAGAAAAUAAAAGAUCAAGAAUCCUAUUACCCAUUGAUAGAUGUAAAUUGGUGGGCAGAUAAUUCUGUCAUCCUGGCUCGCUGCUCUGGUGCAUUGACUGUGUCAUCCGUUAAGACGUUAAGAAACUUGCUGGGAAAGUCAUGUGAAUGGUUUGAGAGUUCUCCUCAGGUCACUUCAGCUCAUGAUGGAGGAUUUCUAAGUCUGGAGUGUGAGAUAAAACUUGUUCCAAAAAGAUUACGCUUGGAGAGCAGGCCUGGUGAUGAAGAUGAGGGAGAAGAUGACUCUGACUCAGAUGAUGAAACUUCUGCUAAGGACAGAUACUUCAGCUACCUAAAGCAAGGCCUGUACUUUGUGACAGAAAUGGAACGAUUUGCUCCGCCACGGAAACGUCCACGUACUAUUACAAAGAAUUUCCGCCUUGUCAGUUUGAGAUCCACAACUCCAGAGGAACUGUACCAGAGAAAAAUUGAUAAUGAAGAAUAUGGGGAAGCUUUGUCUUUGGCUCAAGCAUAUGGCCUUGAUUCUGAUCUUGUGUAUCAAAGACAGUGGAGGAAGUCAGCUGUUAACGUUGCUUCGAUUCAAGACUACUUGAGCAAAAUUAAGAAGCGCGCAUGGGUUCUUCACGAGUGCUUGGAAAGAGUUCCAGAGAAUGUGGAUGCUGCGAAGAAGCUGCUUCAGUAUGGCUUGAAAGGCACAGACUUGGAGGCUCUUGUGGCCAUAGGAAAAGGAGAAGAUGGUGGCAGAUUUAUCUUACCUGGCGAGGUGGACAUUGAAAUUCCCUAUGAAGACUUUUUGUCACCAGAUGAAGGAAUGGAUACUAAAAAGGAAAAAGAGGCCAAUAAGCGUCAAGAACUGCUAUUAUCAGUAAACUUCUCAAAGCUGACACUGGAACAAAAAGAACUCUGCCGUAGCAGGCUGAAGCUGUUAACUUACCUUGAUCGCCUUGAAACCUAUGAGGAAAUCCUGGGAGGGCCUCAUGCAGCUGAACAGCACUAUGAUGGCGACUUCUUCAAGAAGUUCAGGAAUCAGAAUAUUGUACUUUCAGCAAGAACUUAUGCUCGGGAAAGCAAUGUCAGAGCCCUGGAAAUUUUGUUCACUUUCCAUGGAUCAGCUUUACUUCCGCACAGACAGGCAAUUCUCUCCAAUUUUCCAGAGACUACUUCACCACAUGAAUAUGCUUUCUUGUUGCCUGAAGCCUGUUACAAGCAGGGGACAUUGAAAAUUCUUCCUUGGAAUGAGCAGAAACAUCGUGAAGAAGAUUGGUGUGAAAAAGCAGAAUGCAGGAUGAUUGUUGAACCAACCUUACAAGAUGAAGGUGAAUUUCUGUAUGAAACACAACCUGAGUUACUGAAGUACAGGACUACUGACCUUUCAGUAGAUCUCGUUACUGAUUGGUAUUUGAGCAGAGCACAGGAAAUUGAAAAAUAUGCGAUGCAGGUGGACUGUGCUCUGUCCCUUGUUCGUCUUGGCAUGGAGAGGAAUAUUCCUGGUCUGCAGGUGCUUUGUGACAAUCUGAUCACUCUUGAGACAGUAGUUUAUGAGACUGAUGGUGAUCGAACCUUAACUUUGAAGGAACUUGUAGAGAUGAAAGACAUUGAAAAGCUGAGACUGUUGAUGAAGAAUUCCUCUGAUGAAAAAUAUGUGAAGAAUGUUUAUCAAUGGAUGAUCCCUUUUCUCCACCGCUGUGAAAAUCAGUCCCCUGGUCUUGCAAAUUCACUUUUUAAAGAAUAUUUAGUAACAUUAGCAAAGAAAGACCUGACUCUACCUCUGAAGAUAUUUCAGAAUUCAAAGCCUGCUUGUCAGCAAAAAAUUAUUCCUGAUCAAGACCAGCUUAUGAUUACAGCAUUGGAAUGUAUUUAUAAUUGUGAACGAGAUGACCAGCUCGCUCUCUGUUAUGAUAUUUUAGAAUGCCUUCCACAAAGAGGAUAUGGGCCUGAAACAGAUAAAACUAACACUCUUCAUGAUGAAGUAGAUGAACUGGAACAAAUUCUUAGUGUGUCAGAGCUGUUGGAGAAACAUGGACUUCAGAAGCCUGUUUCCUUUGUGAAAGACACAAAGGACAAUGCGGAGGAGGCACGGAAGCUGAUGAUUAGGCUGACAAGGCACACAGGUCGCAAGCAACCAUCAGUCAGUGAGACACACUGGAAGGAAUUGCUCCAGGAUAUGUUAGACAUGCAGCAGAAAGUAUAUACGUGCUUACAUUCAGAUACUUGCUAUGAGAUAUUCACAGAAAGUCUUUUAUGCUCAAGCAGUAUAGACAAUAUCCACUUAGCUGGGCAAAUGAUGCAUUGCAGUAUUUGGUCAGCGGACCUACCAAGUUCAUCAAAAGGGAAGCCACAGUACCGAGUCAGCUAUGCAAAAAGUAUUGAACUAGUUUUGGCUGCUGGCAGAGAAUAUUUCAAUUCUUCAACGAGUUUGACCGAUAGCUGUAUGGAUUUGGCCAGGUGCUGUCUACAACUUAUUGUAGACUGUCCAAGUGCUAUUCAGGAGGAGCUAGAUCUCAUUCGUGCUCUUGGCUACCUUGAAGAAUUUGGUGUGAAAGUAUUACCAUUACAAG